UGUCAAUAACUUGUCUUCUCAUCAAAACCUGUCAACAAUAAUCUUCCCGUUACACAUUUUUUCCGAUAGUAUUAGAAAAUGUCUAGUUCGUAAGAUUUUUGUGCAAUAUUAUCAAAAUACGAAUAAAAAUGGCCCUAACUUAUAGGGCCUUAUUUAAAAAUUAUUAUUAUUUGCAAAAUAUAACAAAACCCGUAAAAUGGAGUGUCGGAGAGAAAUAUCCAGUAAGAAGUAUGGCUAUUAGCCCUUGUUAUCAUAAUGAAUACUACGCAAGACCCUUGCUGGAUACAAAGGAAUUAAUAACAUUACAAACUUCAAGCUUGAGACUAUAUUCUACUCAAGACAAAACUCCAUCAGAUGGGGAACCAACAAAACCGAAAGAAAGUCUUAUACAAAAAUUUAAACUUAUGUACAGAGAUUAUUGGUAUGUGCUAAUACCUGUGCAUGUGGCUUCGUCUAUUAUUUGGUUUGGAAGUUUUUACUAUGUUGUCAGAAGUGGUGUUGAUGUGUUAGCUAUAUUACAAACAUUGGGUGUUGGUGAAGCAAUAAUUGCUCCCUUAAAAGAUUCUGCUGCAGGAUAUUUUGCCAUCGCAUUAGCAUUGUACAAGUUGGCCACACCUCUGCGGUAUGCUGUAACAGUAGGAGGGACAACAAUUGCCAUUAAAAAAUUAAAAGGAAUGGGUUUCCUUAGACCAGUCCCUUCACGAGAAAGAAUCAAAGAAAUUUUUCAAGAAAAGAAAGAUACACUCCAGGAUCGUUUCAAUGAGAGUAGAUCCCAUUAUCAAGCACAAAUGAAAGAAAAACGCACUCAAGUCAUGCAGGAAAUGAAACGAUAUAAAACUGAAAUGAGGAAUAUGAAAAAAAAUAAGAAGCCGCCAAAAGAGUGAAGUUCAACCCAUGUACUGGUAUGAAGCAGGGGAGAGAUGAGGCGCUGGCGAGUGGCCUGGUCCCGUCGCCGCUCCGAUUGUGGCCAAAUGACAAGCGCGACACAUUAAUUUACCUGAAAUAGUUCAUCACCAUAAUAUAAUAUUUUUGUAAUCAAAAUUUUUGUGCAAAAACAUUGUCUUUGUCUAAAAGAAAUACAACAUUGAAAAUAGUAACAGGAGCAUAUUAAAAAAAAAUAGUUUUUUUUUUCAACACUCAACUCUUACAAACAGAAGAUUUAUAUUUUGUGCUAAUACAUAUAGCAUUA